AUCAUCCACAUGGCUAUUGCUGUUCAACGCAACCAAUCCAAAACCAUUUCUCUUUUCCAUUGAUUCGUAUAUAUCCGCGUCAUUCAUUUUUCUCUGACCCUCAAACACAACAAAGGUCAAUCCAAUCACAACAACUUUAUCCAAUUGCCUCGUUUCUACCAAUAGCCCAACACAACCAACUCUUUUUUAUUUAUUUCCACCAAUUCUUUUCUUUUUUUUGUUUUUCAUUCUGCUUCAUCGGAUAAGCAUAAGACACCAUCUUAUUCAUAUGAUGAGGGGAAGAAGGAGACAUCAAGAUGAGCAAUCUCGCGCUUUGUACGACCUCUCCUCUCUCGUUCUCAACCUCCUUCGCUCGCCUCUGACGUUCUCCGACGAGGUUCCGCCAGCGUCACGGCGUCCGGGCCAGGCUCAGAUAUCCCCGGCGGGAUUCGCGUCGUUGCUGCUGGGAAUAUCCCUGGCGUUGAUGCUGUGUGGAUCUGUGACGUUCUUCAUCGGGUUCGUAUUGAUGCCGUGGGUUCUGGGAUUGGUCAUGCUCUUCUACGUCGCCGGAAUCCUCUCCACCCUCUCCGUCUUCGGCCGCUCCAUUCUCUGCUACGCCACCUCCCCACCCUCGCCGCGUAAGGACAUUCCCGCAUGGAAGCUUAUGUGAAGUGACCAAAUGAAGAAUGAAAAUGAGUUGUACGAUGGUGCAUGUGGGGGUUUUGUGCUGCCUACAGAUGCAGGAAUCGUAGUUAAAUGGGUUUUAAGCUACUGAAGUGAACUAUGUGGAUAUGGCUUCUUGUGCAUUAGAAAUAGCCAAGUAAAAUUCUGAAGAACUACUUACUACCUUGGUAUUGAGAUUGAGGGGUUGUUCUGUUCCCAGCUUCCUUCUUCCUUCCGUUAUCAAUUAUUUUAUUUAACUCUAUCGCACCUUGCUAAAAUUCUUAAGCUUAGGCUGUUGAAUUUCCUUUUGUUCAAUUAUAGAAAGAGAAGGAAAAUAUAUUGAUUUGACUCCUGAGAAACAGGGGUUGUACCGGAUCAAGAAAAAUGUUUUGGAAUCGGAUGGUUGUUUGUUGUGCCUAAUUGUCUAUAGCAGCUGAUAUUAUUUAUUCACAUAUCAUUUCUGCUGUUGAGUUGAGCGUGGUAGAUGAAUGAUGAGGAUUCUUAUUGUGGCCCA